AUAAAAGAGAAUUAUGGCGCUUCCAAUUGAGAUACCAACUUCCAUUGCCGCGCCGCCAGUGGGGUAUAUGAACAUCACGCUCGUCGGCACAGGUUCUUCCUCUGGAAUACCUAUCAUUGGUCAUAUCGACACCGACUGCGCCUGUGUGGAUGCCAUGGCGAACCCUCAGAACAAUCCCAACUGUCGCCUAAAUGUCAGCCUUCUCAUUACGGUACCUCACCACACCAAGUCAAAGCUGGCUUCAACAGACAGAAAUAAUGGUAAGGAAAACACACCGGGUGUAGCCCUAAAAGAAGAUAAUUUGACUGACGAUCACUUCGAUGACACGAUUGUGAAUCGAAUAGGCGGCGUUCCCGUCCGCUUCACCCUCAUUGACUGUGGGAAAACCUUUCGCGAUGCAUAUUUUAAGGUGCUCGCUCGGCAUGGCAUACAUGGGGUAGAUGCCCUGUUGUUAACUCACGAUCACGCAGACGCCACCAUGGGACUUGAUGACUUGCGAGACCUGCAGCUGAUGCAUAUGGUCGAAGGGAAUUGGAUUGUUGAUAGCUUUAUUCCUACUUACCUUCAGUGCGAGACACUUCGAUUUAUCGAGAAAAGUGUUGGCUACAUAUUUCAAAAUAGUCAAAUCGUUGGACCCGCACCUGAAACUGCCCAGAAACAUAAGUCGCUGCUUAUGAAGCACAUGGAACAGCAAAAGCGUAUGAAGGGCAAUAAAGCGUGGAAUGACAUUGGAAUUCGACGAGCCACCGCGCUUCAAUUCUUUACUGUUUCGCACCAAACUCCAGCGAAGUUAUACAUACCUGCAAUGGGCACCAGCGACGACCCCAAUUCGGCGGAUGCCAAUAUUCCCAUGUAUUCGUUGCCGGUAGAACAUGGCAAGAAUUACAUCUCGCUGGGGUUUGUCUUUGGCCGCGGAACGGCCUUCAAAAGUCAGUUGGUGGACGCCACAGGGACACCAACCACCACUCAGGACGGGUUGAAGGAAGCUAGCUGCGUGGUAUACAUCUCUGAUGUCAGCAGCAUCCCAAAUGCAUCGAUGAACUUCCUUCUAGACCUUGUGAAGAUCGACGUCUUAAUCAUCGAUUGUGUACACGGUUCUGGAAAACGCUGUGAAACGAACAUUGGUAUGGAGGAAAUGUCUGAGCUGGUGGUUCUGCUGAAGCCGCGCUAUGCCAUUGCUGUGGGCAUGUACUGUGAUAUCAAGCACGAUGCUGGUAACGCCAAGCUCCAGGAUAUGUUGGAAGGAUAUGUGAGAGAUGGACGACUAAAGGCCGGCGAAGUGCUCAAAAUGUCGUUAGGCUAUGAUGGAAUGGAGAUGAUACUUCGACAGUAAUGUAAAAGGUAAAGUGAUACCAAGGGUUUCAAGGUUUCUAUAUAUAUAACACCAAAAUA